AUGGAUCAGCAGUCGUAUUUGAUCCCAAAUCCUGAAAUUUCUCGCCUCCCGCCGGGCGAGCCCGCGGACCUCUUCCGCGCCUCCCUCGUCUGCAAGCUCUGGCUCCGCAUCGCCUCCGACCCGGCCUUCCUCCGCCACUACCGCGCCUUCCACCGAGGCGCCCCACUGCUUGGCUUCUUCUACAGCGUCGGUUGCCCGAGCUAUUCCCCUCUAUUCAUCCCCACCACGACAGCAGCGCCCCCCUUGCGCCGGCCGGUGUAUGACGACCACCAUUGGUUGGUCCUCGACUGUCGCCACGGCCGCAUCCUCCUCAGGAACUUGGACCUGGACUUCUCCGUGUGGGAUCCGAUCACCGGUUCCCGGGAGGAGCUGUCGCCGCUCAAAUUCUGGUACACGUUCUGCUCAGCUGCGGUGCUCUGCGCUAUGGCCGGCUGCGAUCACCGCGACUGCCACGGAGGUCCGUUCCUCAUGGCACGCCCGCCCGUCCACCGUCGCCCGCCCGCCUGCGCCGCCGCCUGUCCGCCCGCGCUGCCGCCGGCUGUCCCCGCGCGCCCCCCGCCGCCAUCGGCCGUCCGCUCACGCCGCUGCCGCCCGUCCGCCCGCACCGCCGCCGCCCGUCCGCCCGUGCCCCCGGCCGCCAUCGCCCUUCAGCCCGCGUCGCCGCCGCCCGUCGGCCCGUGCCGCGGCCGCCACGCCUCCGGCCGCCCGCUCCACGCAGCCUGCGCCGUCUCUCACCAUGGCCGGCGCAUAACCAUCCCCCUCGACGCUCCACGCCGGCGGCCCCGGUCCACGCAGCCUGCGCCGGCGCUCGGCCCCCUGACGGUCCUCCGCGCCGACCUUGACGUGGAAGGCAGCUUCGACGACGCCGUCGCCGGCACGGUGAGGCGCGUGGUGCUGACCUCAUCGAUAGCGGCGGUCUUCAUCAGGCCAGAGCUGCAAGGCGACGGGCACGUCCUGGACGAGGGCUCCUGGUCCGACGUCGAGCACCUCAGAGCCGAGAAGCCGACGUCGUGGGGGUACUGCGUGUCCAAGGUGCUCCUGGAGAAGGCGGCGGCCAGGUUCGCGGAGAAGCACAGCAUCAGCCUCAUCACCGUCUGCCCGGUCACCAUCUUUGGCGCAGCGCCCUCCCUGAACUUCAACACCAGCGUCCCGAGCGGCCUCGCGCUCCUGUCCGAAUCAGUCGUGGAACGCAUCGAACAAUCCUCCUCCGGACCAGAACUCGCCGGCGGCCCAGUGGCCAUCUUGGUCCCCCAGACCUGAGCAGUGAGUGUCUUGUAGUACUACUGUAUUGGACUUAUUAUACGUAUCAGACUAUAUUCUAUGUGAUGGACUUGUGUUAUGUAUCGGACUCGUGUUAUGUAUUGGACUUGUGAUAUAUGUGAUGGACUGUGUUAUUUGUAUCGAUGUCAUUCUCGUAAUUGUCAAUUAUAUGUGAUGGACUAUAA